AUGAAGAACUUUCAAGAUGCUUCCGACCUCGUCCGCGAUGACCUGAAUAGCCCUGGCCAGAAGCCAGGAACACCUCCUCCCACCUACACCAUCGCCGGUCAUGUCAGAAUCCCGAACUGCCCUCUGACCGACUCACGCGCCCACCCCAAUCCGACCACCAUGAGGCUCAGCAUGAAGCUCAGCUUCCUCACCAUAGUCGCGAUAGUGGCACCCGUCAUGGCCCUACCCGGCGACAUCCAUCAUAGGUAUCGCUUUUUCGAAAUGCCCGCAUCGAUCGCCCUCCCCGCGUCCCUGUCUCCAGUCUCCACUGGGACGGGCCCCGUUCGACACGCAGACCAAACCAACUAUUACCACCGGGUGCUGUUAAACGCAACCGUCCCUCAACCGCUACCCAAUGGGACUGCCAUCGGAACAGCAGCUCCUUCUCCGGGCAGGCCUCCUACCACCGCGUCCCGGACCUCAAGCUCGACUUCCUCGACCACUUGCCCUUCCAGGGUGGCUACUCUGAGGCCGAUCGUCACGGGAGACAUGGCGGCUGCUCGAAAGCGCUGGGCGCUCCGGAGAGGGAAUCCUGAAGGCGCAUGCCCGGGGACGAACCCCGACGAUUAUCGGGUUGAACUGCCGUUUGGUCCUGGUGAACCUGCGGGUGGCUUUCCCAUCGGUGUCGGCGCACGUGCUGUCUAAUAGGGCACGUGCUAUCUAAUAGGUGACGAGAUGUGGUGCGCAUCCAUUGCUGGUCCGUUGGCUUGUAUACAGGUUGUUAAUUUGGUGAAAGGUGUUGAGAGGACGCGGUCGAUGGGUCAGCUUGGUAGCGAUUGGGACUUCCCAGUGUGGACUGGAUCUUCUCCCGCGUGCCAUGAUUUGUACUGUGAUAAUCUGGAGGCAAUCUUUGAAU